GUCGAAGUGGCAUGCACUAUGAUUCCGGACACCAUGGCAGGUUUGAGUCUGUUAACCCAGGUUCUCAAAUCAAUUCUGAACAAUGCGGACGACUUGGAUCGAGCCUCACAAAAGGCGUUAACCAAUCUGCUGGCCGGCAUCACGAGCACUUUGGCUUCGCUGAUCGCGGGUGGAAACAGUUUGGCUAGCAAGAUUGUCCUUGAUGAGGUUCUCAAAGUGGCUGUGAGCCUUGUGGAUGUGUCCAACUUCCAAAUACACAACUCAAUUCCCAAGGAUAUUCCUCAUGAGCGCAAGUAUCUGGACUACGACGUUGAUUUGGAAAGUGAAGGUUUGCUUUCUUUCGGUGAUGAAGCAUGGACUGAAUUGUCAUUUCGAAACAACGUAGCCCAACAAUCCCAGACAGCGUCACAAGCCUCACAUAUGCUGCUCUCAUUACUGCGCGCACAAUGGAAGCUCAUCGGACCACGACUUGUUGCAGACGAUCCACCGAUAGUGACCAAUACAAGCGUGGCCGUUAUCAGUAUGGCUCUGAUGACAUUAGGCCAGAACCGUUCCCUUUCGAUGCCAAUCGGCCAUACCGGAUCCAAAGUGGUAGUUCCUGAUCUAUGUUUAGUAGUGCAAAGGUUGGGUGCAGAUUGCCGGACGGCAGUCACCGUGCAGGUGAUGGCAACCAGCAAUAAUUUGUUCUCUUUCAUGGCAAAUGCAACGAUUCCAGUCCCUGGCGACGCUGGCACCGUCACACUAACCGUCUACAAUAAAACACACAAUCUGCCAAUGAGGAGACUUGAAGUCCCAUUCGAAGUUCUUUUACAACGAGGUCCACACUUCAUUCCACCGGAGUUCAGUUACAUGAAUCCAACUGAAAAUGAAACCUUUCUUCCAAGUAGUCGCAAGGCUGUGGACAACACAGAGGUUUAUCAGGCUCUACUUGUUUCUGAAACCGAUGUCCCAGAUGCCCAGUCAGGAUUUACCUUUCAACUGAAACCAAAAAGUUUUGAAACUUGCCCCCAAUAUUUAGUGGUCGGAAGAAUGCUCGAACCACCGAUCAUUUCACAAGCGGGUGGAAAAUACGACUUUUGGACGCUACUGCCUAAAAAUACAAAAGAGUGUGGUAAGUAUGUCGCUGUGUCCACGAGAAUAUUUUGUAAAUAUAUCCAUGGAGAUAUGUACAACUUAUAUUCGAUCCCGCUGAACAAAGUCAGCCCUCUAACCACCAUUAAACGAACGCACUGUUUAUGCUACAAGGCAUCCACCUUUGCAUCCGGUUGGCUUGCUUUGCCCAACUUUUUGAGCUUCGAUUAUGUGUUCCGGAACAUGGAUUUUACAAAGAACGUUACGUUGUAUGCCGCUGAGAUCACCGUCGGUGCCUUAUUCGUACUAAUUUUCAUCUGGGCUAGACGAACGGAUUUGAAGGACGUUGAAAAGCUUAGGGUCACCCCUUUGGCCCAGAACAACCCAGAUGACGAAUACUUGUACGAACUCUUUGUGAGCACUGGUCAUCGACAUGGGGCUGGAACAGACUCCAGGGUAUGCAUCCAACUUUCGGGAGAGUAUGAAGAGACCCGUCCUACGGCACUAAUGGACCCUUGUCGCAAGGUACUACAGCGAGGCAACUGUGAUCGUUUUCUCUUAGCCUGUCCUCGGUACCUCGGAAGAUUGAUAUACUGCCGCUUGUGGCACGAUAACUCGGGAAUAGACGACCGAGCUUCCUGGUACUGCAGCUACGUCGGUGUACUGGAUCUACAGACUGGUAAGAAAUCACAUUUCGUGGUUGGACGUUGGUUAGGUGUGGAGGAGGACGAUGGCCAGGUACGUCUAUGCAUUCCAGCUUAUUAA